CUUCUAUAACAUUUCGCACAACCCUUUCAGCAGUCAUGAGUAAACCCUCAAGACCCCUGAAAAUUGGGGCACCAGAAAUGAACAGCAAGCUCAAAAUCACAAACCCAAAUGGAGAAGACAGGCUCAGCAGCUUACCCGAUGAAUUAAUUCAUCAGAUCCUAUCAUUUCUGGGCACUCGACAAGCGGUUCAGACAAGCAUUCUCUCCAAAAGAUGGAAGCGUAUGUGGACUGGUCUCCCUGUCCUCUCAUUUGAUGGGUAUGAUCAGCUUUUCCCAUACACUCAUUCUGGUAUCAUCAGAUUUAUUGACCAUGUUUUGGAAAAUCGAGACCAAGAUACCCAUGUUUCUUGUUUCAAGUUUCUUGCUGUUUAUCCGUUUCCGCCUAAUUUUGUAAGAAGGUUGAUUAAUUAUACAAUUGACCAUAAUGUUGAAGAGCUCGAUAUCGAUUUGCAGUUCCAUCGUUAUAAGCCGUUCAAGUUAUCGACGUUUAGUUCUGAUACCUUGAAGAAACUUAAGUUACGGGUGCCUCUUGACUAUGAUGAAUCAUUGCGAACAGAUUCUGAGUGGGUCUUGCCUGCUUUAAAAGCUUUGCAUUUGAUACGCCCGCCACAUAUGUCAAGUUAUAACUUAUCUGAAUAUUGUUUGAUAUGGUUGCCAAAUUUGACGACUCUGUCUCUUGAUGGCAUUAGGUUGCCGGAAUCGAUGUCGUCUAUCAGUGUGCCUUGUCUGACAACCCUCAUUAUGAAAAGGGCCAAAUUGCCGGAAAAUGUGUGGGAUUUGCCAGCUUUACUAAGUCUGGAACUGGAUGAGGUAGAUUUACCUGCGAACAUGAAUGAUUUUUUCUCUGCACUUGUGAGUGUGCGGGAUAUUACAAUAUCUUUCAGUGGAUCGUGUAAACACAAUUGGAUUAUAUCUUGUCCUCAAUUAGUGCACCUCAAGAUCUGUACCAACUUUUCAUGUAUUUGCUGGAUCCAUGAAAUAGCGGUUUUGUCAAACAAGCUCCGUGAACUUUCUUUAGUUGGUAUCUUUAUGGUCAGGUCAAAAGUUCAUGAAUUGGAGAAUGUAUCUGUAAAAUUAUGGGAUACAAAUGAGUUCAAUGAUGCAACAUUGGAUGAGAAGGGAUUACAUUAUGAUUUUGUCAUACCCAUGUUAUCAGAACUGGGUAAUGCCAGGACUCUUACUCUCGACUCUGCUAUGAUUGAGGCACUUUAUACAGUUUCCAACAGUUUGGGACGUGUUCCUUCUCCAUUCAAAAAUUUGAAGUAUGUGAAACUGCCUCAAGGAAAUAAAGAAUCUGGUAUAUCUACUACCCUCAGAAAAUACUUACUCGGUGGCAAUCCAAGAGCCACUAUUGUCACAUCAUUGCCUCAGGUACUUUAUACAGUUUCCAACCAUUUGGGACGUGUUCCUUCUCCAUUCAAAAAUUUGAAGUAUGUGAAACUGCCUCAAGGAAAUAAAGAAUCUGGUAUAUCUACUACCCUCAGAAAAUACUUACUCGGUGGCAAUCCAAGAGCCACUAUUGUCACAUCAUUGCCUCAGUUCCAUCGUUAUAAGCCGUUCAAGUUAUCGACGUUUAGUUCUGAUACCUUGAAGAAACUUAAGUUACGGGUGCCUCUUGACUAUGAUGAAUCAUUGCGAACAGAUUCUGAGUGGGUCUUGCCUGCUUUAAAAGCUUUGCAUUUGAUACGCCCGCCACAUAUGUCAAGUUAUAACUUCUCUGAAUAUUGUUUGAUAUGGUUGCCAAAUUUGACGACUCUGUGUCUUGAUGGCAUUAGGUUGCCGGAAUCGCUGUCGUCUAUCAGCGUGCCUUGUCUGACAACCCUCAUUAUGAAAAGGGCCAAAUUGCCGGAAAAUGUGUGGGAUUUGCCAGCUUUACUAAGUCUGGAACUGGAUGAGGUAGAUUUACCUGCGAACAUGACUGAUUUCUUCUCUGCACUUGUGAGUGUGCGGGAUAUUACAAUAUCUUUCAGUGGAUCGUGUAAACACAAUUGGAUGAUAUCUUGUCCCCAAUUAGUGCACCUCAAGAUCUGUACCAACUUUUCAUGUAUUUGCUGGAUCCAUGAAAUAGCCGUUUUGUCAAACAAGCUCCGUGAACUUUCUUUAGUUGGUAUCUUUAUGGUCAGGUCAAAAGUUCAUGAAUUGGAGAAUGUAUCUGUAAAAUUAUGGGAUACAAAUGAGUUCAAUGAUGCAACAUUGGAUGAGAAGGGAUUAAAUUAUGAUUUUGUCAUACCCAUGUUAUCAGAACUGGGUAAUGCCAGGACUCUUACUCUCGACUCUGCUAUGAUUGAGGCACUUUAUACAGUUUCCAACAAUUUGGGACGUGUUCCUUCUCCAUUCAAAAAUUUGAAGUAUGUGAAACUGCCUCAAGGAAAUAAAGAAUCUGGUAUAUCUACUACCCUCAGAAAAUACUUACUCGGUGGCAAUCCAAGAGCCACUAUUGUCACAUCAUUGCCUCAGAGAAAGUUGAAUCAUCAAGUGGUGUCAAACUCCUCGACAUCGCAAAAGGUCUGUGUUGAUACUGGAAAGAGGGUUCAAGGAGAGAGCAUUUGGUCGAGAAUUCUGUUGUAGAUGCUGGAAAGGUGAGACAGAUUGGUUGUCCAGUUAAAGGAACCGGAAAAGGUAAUGACUGGGCAAGCUCUUCCUGAGAAAUUGUUGAUUUUGUGUUAUAGCAGGGCCAGAACUUGGAGUUUGGAAGGCUACUUGAUCUCACCGUGAAGUGCUUUUAAUAAUUUCAUUGCCAAAAUUGAGAUAUUUUAUACACCAAAGCUAAAUAUGCUUUGCACCUUGGUGAAAAACUUUUUUAUGGAUUGAAAUGACUGAUUUUGCUAGUGAGUUUGUUAGCGAGUCAAGGGAUCAGGGAUCUAUUACUUGUCUCUCAGAAAUGGUUUUUCACUUUCUAUUUAAGCGGUAAUGAUGUUUUUUCUCUUACCGGGGACAAUUAUUUGGUUUCCUUGUUAGCUUUAAAAGUUUUACAAUUCACAUAAGGAUUUUAUAGCAUGUUUUAUUUUGACUUC